AUGAACUGCCCUUCAAGAACAGAAGAGCCUGAGGGCACGGGUUUCAAUCAGAAUCCGAGUGCACUGUCAGCAGAUCUCACUACAAGAAAUGAUCUGAACGGGAUUGCGAAUGCGAGAGAGUUGAGGAGGAUACCCAGUACAGGCAUUGAAGGAGUCGUGGAGCCAGUACCGGAUGGCGAUACUGAGAAGAAGAAAGACAUUGGAUCUCAGGGGAUGCAAGCCGUGGCUUUGGAUGCAAAGAGCUCUGGAUGUCACGUGGGUGAAGAGAGUGGGACGACGAUGGCCUUGGAGACUCUAGGUGCUCAGGAAGGUUCAGGUGGUGGAAGUGGAAACGGAGGCAGACUCUCACAUCAUUUUGAGAGAGCUAAGAAGGCUAUUAUUACUUAUGGAAAAUUCGUUGGUCCUGGAUUCAUGAUCUCUGUUGCGUACAUCGAUCCAGGAAACUACUCCACCGAUGUAGCGGCUGGUGCUACGUAUCGCUUCAAACUCUUAUUCAUCGUCUUGAUGUCCAAUUUAUUUGCUAUCUUUCUGCAAAGCUUGUGCAUCAAACUUGGCACGGUUAGUGGUUUGAACCUCGCUCAAGCUUGUAGAGAGUUUCUUCCAAGAUGGUUGAACAUCCUCUUGUACCUGAUGGCAGAAGCUGCUAUCAUUGCCACAGAUAUUGCUGAGGUCAUUGGCACAGCUAUUGCCAUCAACCUCCUCAUCCCGCAAAUCCCUCUCGUGGCAGGUUGUGCGCUUUCCAUUGCAGACGUCCUUCUCAUCCUACUCUUCUACAGACGAAAUGGAUCCAUGAAAGGGCUACGAGCUUUUGAGAUGUUUGUAGUAGCUCUUGUUCUUGGAGUAGUGAUAUGCUUCUGCAUUCAGCUGAGCCUCAUCAAAGAUACGUCUGUCGGAGAAGUCUUCCGUGGAUUCCUUCCAUCGUCUGCCAUUAUUCAGUCUCAAGGCCUCUACCAAGCCUGCGGUAUUCUUGGGGCAACGGUCAUGCCGCAUAGCCUCUACCUCGGAAGCGGUAUCGUUCAAUCUCGUCUUGAAGAAUACGACGUCAAGAAUGGCAUCGUGCCAUCAUCCGCGGUUACCAAUGCCAACGACAAGGCACCAUAUUAUCCUUCACUUCCUGCCAUCAACUUCUGUCUCAAAUACUCCAUCGCAGAGCUCUCCAUUUCACUCUUCACAUUCGCCCUCUUCGUUAAUAGCGCCAUCCUCAUUGUUGCUGGAGCCUCGCUCUCAAAUAACAGCACAGCUGCCUCUGCUGACCUCUUCGGUAUCUAUGACCUUCUAUCUUCUUCCCUCGCUCCAGCAGCAGGAACAAUAUUUGCUCUUGCUCUCCUUCUGUCUGGCAUCUCUGCGGGCAUCGUCUGCACCAUUGCAGGACAAAUGGUCAGUGAAGGAGCUCUAAACUGGACUCUAGCACCGUGGUUGAGAAGAUUGGUCACAAGAAGCAUCAGCAUCACGCCAAGUAUCAUCAUAGCUGGCGCGGUAGGGAGAGAGGGUUUGAGUGCAGCAUUGAAUGGAAGUCAAGUCGCACUCAGUGUAGUGCUACCAUUCGUCAGUGCCCCAUUGAUCUAUUUUACUUGUAGGAAUAAGUUCAUGACUGUCAGACCUCACGGCGCUAGGGAGGAUGCAGACGAAGAAGAGGUCGUGGAUGGGAAUGGAAUGAGGAGCGUGCAGAGUAGUGAAGUGCCACAGGAAGGUGUUAAGAUGAGGAAUAGCUGGUUCACGGCUGUGAUUACGGUGCUUAUCUGGUUGGUUAUUACGGUUAUGAAUGUGGCGAACUUGGUGUUAUUGGGGAAGGGUCAGGGUGCUUAG